AUGUGGCCCAAACCCAGGGCUCUGGCAGUGAUUCUGGCAGCCUCAUUGGCAGUUGCACAGCGCUGCUCUAUCACGCCCCCUUGUCAGAACCCGCAGAAAUGGGGGAUUGAUCAUAUCAAGCCUCUCAAAGACGCAGAGUCAGGAAAGACCGGCUGUUGCCCUGAUGGAACAGAGUUUGAUGGCAUAAACUGUGUCUUGUCUGCCCCUAAGUGUCCGGAAAACACAUUUCGUGACCAUGAUCGUUGUAUCUCGCGAGUGAAACCUUUCUGUAACGGCGGGCUGGACUAUGUCGAUGGUAACUGCGUCACACCCGAGCCUCCAGUCUGUGAUGGUGGUACUGUACUACAGGGUGAUCACUGCGUGACUAGAAAGGGGGCUGUGUGUUCGGACGACUUGAUUAAGAAAGGCAACGUCUGCGUGUCGCCCAAGGCUCCCGUAUGCCGACCGAAUGAACAUUACAAUCAUAAGGGGCACUGUAUCAGUGACCAAUCCCCCGAAUGCCACGGAUCUGCCAGGUUCGAGGAUGGUGUUUGCAUUGAUUCGGAACCUCCUGUGUGCGGCGAUGGAGCAGAACUUGACAAAACAAUCAACAAAUGUCGCUCUACAUUCAAGCCAAGCUGUCCACUCGGGAGCACCCCAAAGAAUGGUCAAUGUAUCGCUGACGUUGGCCCUUUAUGUGACGGCAGCAAGUACAAUAAAGACACCGGUUCCUGCGAGCGCAUCGUGCAAGUACCCCAUUGUCCUGACUCCUCACAACUGCAAGGCGACAAAUGUGUCUAUAAUGAAGGACCCGUGUGCCGGCAGAAAGACCUUGUGCGCUCUUUCAACCCAUCUGACCAUACUGUUCGAUGCUGUCCCAAAGGGAUGGGUUGGAAUGGCCGUGUUUGCCGGACCCGGCCCGUCGACGAUACCUGCCCCGAUGGACAACCUCCAGUCAAAGGUUGGUGUGAUAGCUAUAUCACCCCGGAGCCUGAGUGUCCAGCGGGUUAUUCAUUGCAGAACAACCGGUGUGUUUGGCGAUCGAAGCCAAAGUGUGCCGAGGGUACCUAUAGUGAUAGAAAUUGUGUCACUACAACAACCCCGAAAUGCCCGCCUCGCUUUGCGCCUGUUGGAAGCGAGUGUGUGUUCAAAGAAGAGGCCAAAUGCCCGCCAAACACCAGACUGGAAGGGGAUAUUUGCUUGAGCAACAUUCCUCCAAUAUGCCGACGUGGUAGGUGGCAAGAACCUCACUGCGUGGUCGAUAAUGACACUCCGGAUUGUCGUGAUGGGGUUCGAAAUGGCAACGAUUGCAUGACUACCACGACGCCUGUCUGUCAUCCUGGUACACACCUUAGUGGCGAGUUCUGUGUUUCGAACAAGCCUCCCACAUGUGAAGGGCCAGCGGUUCUCGAUAAGGAUGGGAAUUGCAUCACUACCAUCACCCCGCGAUGCUCAAAUGGCAAGCUACAGAAUGGCAAAUGUGUCACAGGCGAUAUUCCAAAUUGCGAUGAUGGUUCGCACCUCGUCAAUGGCAAGUGCGAGUCCCUUAGCGGCCCAAAUUGUGAUACUGGAUUCAUAUUGAAGAACGGACGAUGUAUCCGCACAAGCGAGCGUCAUGACUGCAAGGAUGGAUACACUUUCAAGAAUGACGAGUGUGUUUCCUUGACUGAACCUGACUGUCGGGAUGGUAUGAUUCUCAGUGGGGACGAUUGCGUGUCGAAAGAAAAUCCAGUCUGCCCCCCUGGAACACGCUUGGAAGGAGAUGAUUGUGUGUCUGACUCUUCUCCCAAAUGCCCCGAUGGAUUGCGUCUCCACAAUAACCGGUGCAUUUCGACCCGAACGCCAUCUUGUCCCGAUGGCACCAGAUACGAACGCAGCACUCGUGAAUGUGUCUCGGUGGAGAAACCCAAGUGCGGUGAGGGCCAGGUCCUCAAGAAUGGUAGCUGCGUGCUGGGAAGUGGCAAGUGUGUGGAGUAUCAGUUCUGUCCCACAGGGGCCUCGAUAACUGAUAGUUCUGGCUCUGACUUCACUGGCAACUCUGACUCCGGCUUCAUCAACCUGCAAGGGUAG